AUGUGGGCGCUCAUAGCAUUCGUCCUGCAUGGCGUCUUCCUGCUCGGAAAAUCGGAAGACCUACCGUCCAAGGUGCCGGACAAGCUUCUAAACAAAAGUCUGAUUGACAUCCUAAAUUACAACUUCAACGUCAAUGAUGUGAUGGGAAUCUUCGAGAAGAUAUUCAAAAACAGCGUCGACGAUUUUAAGAUUGAGGAGGAGAAUAACGAGAUGAAGAAUCUGCAGUUUAAGAAGUACAACUUUGACAAGCAGAAUUAUCAUUUCACGUAUCCCUCUUUUAAGGACUACUGCCUGAACGAAGUCGCGAACAGCGAAAACUGCAAAAAGUACGCGGACAAGGACUACAUUGCGAGCGUCUUCAAAGACAUCGAUAGCAAAUUUCACUCCCGAUUUUACAAAGAAAUAAACCAACUGAAGCACUACAUUUUCGAAAUAGGGAAGCUGCUAAAAAGGAGAGACGAGCUGAACAACGAAAUUAAUGCCACAUUUGAGGGAAUAAAAAACACCAAAGGAUGGGUAAACAAAACGAUGACGAAGAAGGCGGGCACGGCACUGCCCCUCAUUCGAUAUUUUGAAGAAAUGUCUUACAACUUAAAGCAUGCGAACAAAAGUUUGAGCUACUACGAUAUGAUGGUACAGUACGGAAACGAAUUAAACGCCAUCAUCAAAAAUGCACUUGUGGAGUAUGUAUACAUGUAUAGGCAAACAAAAACGUAUCAAAAGAAAAUCGAAAAGUAUAUGGAGAGAAAUGCCAGGAUCCUUUCCAAAAUGCACAAGAAAAUUAUUCUAAGCAUUUUCUACAUGAUUUCUGAUAUGAACAAAACAAAUGAAAAAAUCGACAACUUGAUAAAUAAAAAGGUCAACGAAUUUAACGAAUGGGUAAAUUAUGAAAAUGCAAAUUAUGUGAAAAAAUUAAAAAAACUCAAAUCCAAUAUUGAUUUUAAUUUAGAUGAUAUUAAUGAACAUAUAGACCUCUCCAAGGAAAAACUCGAGCAAAAUAAAAUUGCCUUUAUUAAUAUGAGCAAAUAUUUAACCUUCCAAAACCCUACCAAGACGAUCAGAUCCAUUAUGCAUUUGCUUAACAAUAAAUAUCCCAAGGAUGUAAAUAUCGUUUUUCUCUACAAUGAAGAGUACAUAGAUUUCUCCCUAGACAAAAUGAUAGAAGUCCCUCAGCCGUGUAAAAUGAACGUGGACUCCAAGUCAACUGAUGACUUUAACUUUGCCCAUUUGGAUUUCAUGGAGACCUCCAAAUACGAGCAAAUGCUCAGCACCACUACCUUCGAACAAAACGAUUUCAAGCAUAUAGACAAACAAAAAAUUGAUAACAUUAUUAGCGAAAUAUUUCACCAAGAUAAGAAACUUGACAGCGAGUACUGGAUUAAGGAAAAAGAAUUUGAAGACGUCAAAAGUAAAAUUUCGUUUAGCGAUCUGAAUAACGAAAUACAGGUCUACACAGACGAAAUGGAGAAAAGCAUCACCUCAACGAAGGAGCAUUACGUGUUCAAACCCACCAUUAAGAGGUACAUUUCGAGUGUCCGCAAUCUUUUUAAGAACCCCAUUUUUUACUUUAACAAGUAUAUUUACUCCUUCCAGAAGAAUUUCGACUCCCCUGUGAGCGGCGCGCUGGUCAGCAUCCCGAUGAACGCCGCCGAAGAUGAGGUGAAGGAGAAGCAGCAGAGGGAGCAGCAGCAGAAGGAGCAGCAGUUGAAGGAGCAGCAGCUGAAGGAGAAGCAGCAGAAGGAGCAGCAGCUGAAGGAGCAGCAGCUGAAGGAGAAGCAGCAGAAGGAGCAGCAGUUGAAGGAGCAGCAGUUGAAGGAGCAGCAGCUGAAGGAGAAGCAGCAGAAGGAGCAGCAGCUGAAGGAGCAGCAGCUGAAGGAGAAGCAGCAGAAGGAGCAGCAGUUGAAGGAGCAGCAGUUGAAGGAGCAGCAGUUGAAGGAGCAGCAGCUGAAGGAGAAGCAGCAGAAGGAGCAGCAGCUGAAGGAGAAGCAGCAAAAUGAGAAACUGCAGAAGGAGUCUGCGGGGGAGACCCUCAGUGGAGAAGUCAGGGCGAGCGGAGGACCCUCGGAAAGUAUAGAAAUAGAGGUCGUCAGGCAUGACGAACCUAGGGGAGAAGCUAAGGGGGUGGCGGCUACAUCCCCUGGUGAAGAAGCAAAGGCGGUAGCAGCCACACCCCCUGGUGAAGAAGCCAAGGGAGUAGCUGCCACAUCCCCGAUUGACGACAUAAAGGUAACCACACACAACUUGGAGAGUGACGACGAAAAGGGGACGAACAGUGCUCUGGAAGACGGGCCAUUCAGUGAGCUAGCGAGGGAGCUAGAAAACGAGAUAGACACUGAAUUAGACACGGAGCUCGAAACAGAGUUGGCCGACGCCGAAUUAGAAGCGCACCUAGAGACAGAACCCGAAAGUGAGGUAGAACCCGAGUUUGAAAGAAACGUAGGAAUAAAGUCUUGGGGGGAACAAGGAAAGGAAGAUGCCUUUGCGAAUGAUAAGGAGGUAAUGUUGGUAAAUAAGAAGGAUGAUAAGGGUGAGAUGGGGGAUGAAGAAAACGUAGAGGAAGCAAGCUGGGAAUAUGCAGGUAGGCGCGAACGGGAGCGCCAACGUAGGGGUGCACAAGAAAAUGAAAUUGAUGUGCAAACGGAGAGCGAAGGAGAAGGGGAGCACACGGAGGGGUUCUAUGGUAUGGAUGAUAAGUUUAUUCAAGUUGAAGUGAGGAGAAGCGGUGCUGAAGAAGGUGCAGGCGAGAAGGGGGAAGGUGAAGAGGAGGAUAAGGAGGAAGAUAAGGAGGAAGAUAAAGUGGAGAGUAAAGAGGAGGAUAAGGAGGAAGAUAAAGGGGAGGGUAAAGAAGAGGACAAAGAGGACGACAAGGAGGACCCCCAGGAGGAAGACGCAGUGAAGCAUAAGAAACACAGAAAGGCGAAAAAGAAGAAAGAAAACAAGGAGGACGACGGGGAGGAUGAAGAGGAGGAAGAAAGCGAAGAGGAAGACGAAGAUGAUGACGAUGAAGAAGGAGAAGACGAGGACAACUUCGACGAUGAACAUGAUUAUACCUAUGGAAACGAAAGCUCAGGAAAAUACGAUGGCCUAAUGAACGAAAAAUACAAACACAAGUUAUCCCUUUUCCGUAAUGCAAAUGUGAAGUAUCUCUGGAGAAUACCAAUUAUUAAUCGGCUCUAUAACAAGUGCAGCGAAAAUAAAAAUGACUGUGUGGGGAAGAAUGACAUAGAAGUGAUUGACAUCUACGAAAUAGAGGAAGAGGAGUUGGAAGAAAUAUACCAGGAUUUUCUCAACUUAAGUUAUGAAGAUUCUUUGAAAAAGGUUAAGGAAAAGAUUUUGUAUGCCGUGCCAGACACGGAGUACCUUGCAAAGGCUUUGAAAAUACACAAAAAAAAUAGGGAAGAAAAUAAGGAGAGGAAUUUCUUUUACGAUGCGCUGUACGGAAAUGACUACUUGAUUAUCAAGUCGAAGGGCGUCAAUGUGGAGACGUUCAUUUAUCCCUACUUCGAGACGCUGAAUCUGCAGCUGAGUGAGAUAAAGACGUGCACGCUGGAGGAUUACUACGGCUGCAUGAAGAGGUACGUCCGGAGCAAACUGAAGAGGAAAUCCCCGGGGGGGAAGAAGGCGGGCGAGCAUGCAGAUGGGAAGGCGGACAAAAAGGUGGACAAAAAGGUGGACGGGAAGGCGGACGGGAAGGCGGACGGGAAGGCGGACGGAAAGGUGGACAAAAAGGUGGACGACAAAAUGGACAGCAAAACGGACAGCAAAGUGGACAACAAAACGGACAACAAAACGGACAAUCAAACGAGCGUCAAACUAAGCGACAGGCUGAACGAAAAAAUCCUGUUCGUGUACCUGGGGACCUUCAAAGACGAAGUGUUUAAAUUGCCCAAGUCCAAAAUCGCAGACGACCUAAAGAACGCCCACCUGAAGCAGUUCCUGGACAACCCCAAGGACUAUCACUUUUUUAACAACUUUCUAAUCAAAAAAUAUGAAGAGGAGUACUAUUUCUUCCAGAAGUUGAAGGUGUACACCGUGUACCAUUCCAAGUAUAAGAACUCUAUUAUGUACGGAAUUGACUUUAACUUUUACGUCUCCUAUUUUUCCAAAGAAGACAUACAAUAUUUGCCCCUAUCGUACUACCAUGACUCCAUCAUAUAUUUCAAGGUAGUGCUAGCCACGUCCAAAUACGGGUACCGCGAAAUUGUGCCCAUCGAUGAUGAAAUUAUAAAGUUUGGAUUAAUGCUUUCGUUAGAUAAUAAAAAUAAGAAUGUACACUAUUUAAUCCAUUCGGAAGUUACCAAUGACACGAACUAUGACUUACUGAAGAGCAAAACGGGGGUCGUCAAGAUUUAUGAAGUGUCUUAUGAAAAUCUUAGAAUGCAACUGGUAAAUAAAAAAUACAAAGUCCAAGUGACCAAAACGAUGAAAAUUAUUCUGCAGAAGGAAGUUACCUUUAACAAUAAUAAAAAGAGAACACACGAUUAUAUUGACACCUUCUAUGACAAGAUGAAUAAAAUAAUGAAAAAUAACAUGAACCUGGAAUUGUUCCGUAAAACGUUUUAUGUUCAUUUGCAGAACACGUGA